UCCCGGCGCGCGGGGCACGCUGGGAAGGGGACUCCAAAAUGGACAACCACCGGGAUGCUCCAGGCAAGGCCAGCCGGUGGUUCGGCGCGUCCCAGUCCAAGGCGGCCAAGACGAGCGUGAACAUCCUGCAGCAGGAGGAGCUCAUCGCCCAGAAGAAGCGGGAGAUCGAGGCCCGGCUGGAGCAGCAGGCGAGGCAGAACUCCCUGAGCAUCCCCCAGCUCCCGCUGCUCGGAGACGAUGACGGAUCUGAAAGCGACGCCUCCGUGUCCAACAAGUUCGUGAACGAUGGGAGUUUCCUGCAGCAGUUCCUCAAGCUCCAGAAGGAAAAGUCGAGUGCUGAGCCCCCCCCCAGCUCCGCUCCGGCCCCGAGCAGCGGGAGCAGCGGGAACAGCGGGAAGCGGCUCCCCGGGAAGCGGCAGCUGCUGAGCCGGAUGCUGCACCAGGCACGGAGCCUCCCCCAGCCCCGGCCCGGCCCUGCCCUGCCCCUGCCCCGCCCCAGCGUCUUCCAGGGCCCCGACGAGGACGACGACGAGGACUACGAGCAGUGGCUGGAGAUCAAAGUUUUACCCCCAGAGGAUGCGGAGACCCGGGAGGUGGUGGAAAAGCUGGCCAGGUUCGUGGCUGAAGGGGGCCCAGAGUUAGAGAAGGUCGCUAUGGAGGACUACAAGGAUAAUCCGGCUUUUUCGUUUUUGCACGAUAAGAACAGCAGAGAAUUCCUUUACUACAGAAAGAAAGUGGCAGAGAUAAGGAAAGAGAACCAAACUUCUCAGGCAGCCUCUUCCCACAAAGUCUCGCCCCCAGACGACGAAGAGACGAGGGAGUCGGCGGAAAAGCUGGCCAGGUUUGUGGCGGCCGGGGGGCCCGAGGUGGAGGCCAUUGCCCUGCAGAACAACAGAGAGAACCCUGCCUUCAGGUUUUUGUAUGAGCCAAACAGCAAAGGCUACAAGUAUUACAGGCAGAAGCUGGAGGAGUUCAGGAAGGCCAAGGCCAGCCCUGGCUGUGCCCCUUUCCCUGGAGAGCCCAGCCUGAAAAGGAAAACCAGCCCUGAGGCCUCCCCUUCCCCCCUGUGCUUCCCCUCCCUGCCUUUGCCCCUUCCCUCCCCGCUCCCUCUGCCCCUUCCCGUGCCCGUUCCUGCCCCUCCGCCCCUUCCCGUGCCCAUUCCCUCGCCCCUGCCCGUCCCCUCCCCUCUGCCCGUGCCCUUGGCAGUGCCCCCAGCCCUCCCUGUGCCCCCCUCCUCCCCCUCACCAUCCUCCUCCUCCACCACCCCCCCUGACCAGACGACCCCCGCCACCCCCGCGGCCGCUCCGGGCACCACCAAAAAGAAGCGGAAGAGCCGGUGGGGGCCGGAGGAGGACAAGGUAGAGCUGCCCCUCCCACAGCUGGUGCAGCAGCUGGACUCUCCCUCCCCUCUCUCAGUCCAGGACCUCAAGGGCCUUGGCUACGAGAAAGGGAAGCCCGUGGGCCUGGUGGGUGUGACCGAGCUCUCCGAGGCCCAGAAGAAGCAGCUGAAGGAGCAGCAGGAGAUGCAGCAGAUGUACGACAUGAUCAUGAAGCACAAACGGGCCAUGCAGGAGAUGCAGAUGAUGUGGGAAAAGGCCAUCCAGCAGCACCAGCACGGCUAUGACAGCGAUGAGGAGGUGGACAGCGAGCUGGGCACCUGGGAGCACCAGCUGAGGCGCAUGGAGAUGGACAAGACACGAGAGUGGGCCGAGCAGCUGACCCAGAUGGGCAGAGGGAAACAUUUCAUCGGGGACUUCCUCCCGCCCGACGAGCUGGAGAAGUUCAUGGAGACCUUCAAGGCGCUGAAGGAGGGGCGGGAACCGGAUUACUCGGAGUACAAGGAGUUCAAGCUGACCGUGGAGAACAUCGGCUACCAGAUGCUGAUGAAGAUGGGCUGGAAGGAAGGAGAGGGGCUGGGAUCAGAGGGGCAGGGCAUUAAGAACCCCGUCAGCAAGUAAGCACAGCUCCCCUCCCUGUGGAU